AUGUCAAGUGCAUUGCAGCCGACUCAUGUUGCUGCUCCUGAUUCUACUGUCAGGUCUGUGUGUAAGGGCUCUUUAUCAUGGGGUUUUGAAGACUUAGGAAUAACUGAAAUCAUAAAAUUCGCAAUGGUGAUUUUUGAAGACUCUGGAUCUGCUGAUUUUAGAAGAUGGCUUGUCCAUUUGAGUUCCUUCACAAUUGCUGUGGUCUCACUUCUCAGUGCCCUUUUCAUCCCUACCUCUGUUGAAGGAACAGAAAAAGAGCUGAGACUAAUGGCUGGUGUAAACAACUGCAGUGGGAGAGUGGAAGUGAAAAUCCAGGAGGAGUGGGGAACAGUGUGCAACCACGGCUGGAGCAUAAAUGAGGUCUCUGUGAUUUGUAGUCAACUGGGAUGUCCAACUACCAUCAAAGCCACUGGCUGGGUUAAUUCCACUGCCGGUUCUGGGCGCAUUUGGAUGGAUCAUGUUUCCUGUAGAGGGAAUGAGUCAGCUCUUUGGGAUUGCAAACAUGAUGGAUGGGGAAAGCAUAACUGUACUCAUCAACAAGAUGCUGGGGUUACCUGCUCAGAUGGAUCCAAUUUGGAAAUGAGACUCAUGAAUGGGGGCAACCGGUGUUCAGGAAGAAUAGAGGUCAAGUUCCAAGGACAGUGGGGAACAGUGUGUGAUGAUGGCUUCAACCUCGAACACGCUUCUGUGGUUUGUAAACAACUGGGAUGUGGAAGUGCUGUCAGUUUCUCUGGUUCAGCUCAUUUUGGAGGAGGUUCUGGACCAAUCUGGUUUGAUGAUCUUGUAUGCAAUGGAACUGAGUCAGCUCUCUGGAACUGCAGACACCAAGGAUGGGGGAAGCAUAACUGUGAUCAUGCUGAGGAUGUUGGAGUGAUUUGCUUAGAUGGAGCAGAUCUAAGCCUGAGACUGGUAGAUGGAGUCACUAAAUGUUCAGGAAGAUUGGAAGUGAAAUUUCAAGGAGAAUGGGGGACAGUGUGUGAUGACAACUGGGAUAAUAAUGAUGCUGCUGUAGUGUGUAAGCAACUGGGAUGUCCAACUGCCAUCACUGCCACUGGUCGAGUUAAUGCCAGUGAGGGAUCUGGAAAUAUUUGGCUUGACAGUGUUUCCUGCCAUGGACAUGAAUCUGCUCUCUGGCAGUGUAGACAUCAUGAAUGGGGAAAGCAUUAUUGCACUCAUAAUGAAGAUGCUGGUGUGACAUGUUCUGAUGGAUCAGAUCUGGAGCUGAGACUUAUAGGUGGAGGUAGCCGCUGUGCUGGGACAGUGGAGGUGGAAAUUCAGAAACUGUUAGGGAAGGUGUGUAGUAGAGUUUGGACAUUGAAUGAAGCUCAUGUGGUUUGUAGACAGCUGGGAUGUGGAUCUGCACUUCAAACAUCUUUUCAAAUGUAUUCCAAAAUUAAACCAACAAACACAUGGCUGUUUGUAAGUAGCUGUAGUGGAAAUGAAACUUCUCUUUGGGACUGCAAGAAUUGGCAAUGGGGUGGACUUCUCUGUGACCACAAUGAAGCCCAAAUUACCUGCUCAGCCCACAGGGAACCCAGACUGGUUGGAGGAGAUGUUCCCUGUUCUGGUCGUGUUGAAGUGAAGCAUGGUGACACAUGGGGCUCUGUCUGUGAUUCUGACUUCUCGCUGGAAGCUGCCAGUGUGCUGUGCAGAGAAUUAGAAUGUGGCACAGUCGUCUCUAUCAUAGGUGGAGCUCAUUUUGGAGAAGGAACAGGACAGAUCUGGGCUGAAGAAUUCCAGUGUGGUGGGCAUGAGUCCCAUCUAUCACUCUGCCCAGUAGUACCCCGCCCAGAUGAGACCUGUAGCCACAGUAGAGAUGUUGGCRUAGUCUGCUCAAGAUAUGUAGAAACCCGCUUGGUGAAUGGCAAGUCUUCGUGUGAGGGAAGAGUGGAGCUCAAGGUGCUUGGAAUCUGGGGAUCCCUCUGUAACUCUCACUGGGACAUUGAAGAUGCACAUGUCCUAUGCCAGCAACUUAAAUGUGGAGUUGCCCUCUCCACUCCAGGAGGAGCUCCUUUUGGGAAAGGAAAUGGUCAGGUCUGGAGACACAUGUUUCACUGCACUGGGACUGAACAGCACAUGGGAGAUUGCCCUGUAACUGCUCUGGGUACAUUGCUGUGUUCUGAAGGGCAAGUAGCCUCAGCAAUCUGCUCAGGAAACCAGUCCCAGACCUUGAGCCCAUGCAAUUCAUCAUCUUCAGAUCCAAUGAGCUCUAUCAUUCCAGAAGAAAGUUCUGCUGCCUGCAUAGGGAGUGGUCAACUUCGUCUGGUAAAUGGAGGGGGUCGCUGUGCUGGGAGAAUAGAGAUCUAUCAUGAGGGUUCCUGGGGCACCAUUUGUGAUGACAGCUGGGACCUGAGUGAUGCUCAUGUGGUGUGCAGACAGCUGGACUGUGGAGUGGCCAUAAAUGCUACUAGAUCUGCUCAUUUUGGUGAAGGAACAGGGCCUAUCUUGCUGGAUGAGGUAAACUGCAAUGGAAAAGAAUCCCAUAUUUGGCAGUGCCGUUCACAUGGCUGGGGGCGGCACAAUUGCAGGCAUAAGGAAGAUGCAGGAGUCAUCUGCUCAGAGUUCAUGUCUCUGAGACUAAACAGUGAAACCAGGGGAGAGACCUGUGCAGGACGUCUGGAAGUUUUUUACAAUGGAACCUGGGGCAGUGUUGGCAGGAGUGACAUGUCUGCAACGACUGUGGGAGUAGUAUGCAGACAGCUGGGCUGUGCAGAGAAGGGAAACAUCAACCCCGCAUCUUUAGACAAGACACCAUCCAGACUCGUGUGGGUGGACAACGUUCAGUGCCCAAAAGGACCUGACACACUAUGGCAGUGUCCAUCAUCUCCAUGGAAGCAGAGACUGGGCAGCCCCUCAGAGGAGGCUUGGAUCACAUGUGACAACAAGAUAAGACUUCAGGAAGGUCACACCAGUUGUUCUGGUAGAGUGGAAGUCUGGCACGGAGGUUCCUGGGGGACAGUGUGUGAUGACUCCUGGGAUCUUAAUGAUGCUCAAGUGGUGUGUCAACAGUUAGGCUGUGGAAAAGCCGAGAAGGCACUAAAGGAAGCAGCGUUUGGUCAGGGGACUGGGCCCAUAUGGCUCAACCAAGUGAAGUGUAGAGGGAAUGAAACUUCCUUAUGGGACUGUCCUGCCGGACCAUGGGGGCACACUGACUGUGGGCACAAGGAAGAUGCUGCUGUACAGUGCCAACCAGGAACAUCUUUAAGAUCAGCAAAUGCCACAGGUCACUCAUCCCUUAUUGCAUUGCUGACCCUCGGGGUCAUUUUAUUGGCCAGUCUCAUCACAUUCCUCGUGUUUACUCUGAGGAGAAGACAGAUCCGGCUACUUACAGUUUCCACAAGAGGAGAGAAUUUUGUCCACCAAGUGCAAUACCAGGAGAUGAAUUCAAGCCUAGAGGCAGAUGAUCUGGACCAGCUUCAUCCUUCAGAAAAUUCCAAUAAAUCACAUGGUUUUAAUGCUGGUGGACUAAUUUCUGUUUCUAAAUAUUUUUCUAUUUCUGGAAUUAAAAAGGGGGCCAUUCUGAGGCAGACUGAAAACUGGGAAUUUUUAACUCAAUGA